UUACUACCGCCGACACAAGUUGCCAUUAUUUCGUACAUUGUUUACUUUUCUAUGGAAUAUGCAUCGCACCCGCACGUUAUUCUAACAUUAAUUAAUAAUAUUAUACUUCUCAAAUAUCGAUACCGUGUUUCUUGACCACGUCCGUCCCUUGAAAUAUUAAUCAUCAAUGUCACUAUCCAGUACUUACUAGUCGACAUUCGUAACCCGAUGUAGUUAUUUUGAACAACUGAAUUGAAUUUUGAAUGAUAUUAAUACUCUUGUUGGCUUCGAUAGAAUGACGUCAAUAAUAAAAUUUUAUACCUUGUCGGGUGCGCACAAUGAAUCGCCACCAUGCUAUUUAUUACAAAUUGACGAGUUUAAGUUCUUGUUGGACUGUGGAUGGGAUGAACGCUUUAGCAUGGGUGUUGUGAAUAAACUAAAAAGGUAUAUCCAUCAAAUAGAUGCAGUUUUAUUAUCGCACCCAGAUCGUUUUCAUCUUGGAAUUUUGCCGUACCUCGUUGGCAAAUGUGGUUUAAACUGCCCUGUCUAUGCUACUAUACCAGUUUACCAAAUGGGUCAAAUGUUUAUGUAUGAUUUACAUCAAUCUUUGUGCAAUGCGGAAGAUUUCAAUUUAUUUAAUUUAGACGAUGUGGAUGCUGCUUUUGAUAAAGUCAUACAAGUAAAAUAUAAUCAGAUUGUUUCAUUAAAAGGUAAAGGAAUUGGUUUAAGAAUAGUAGCAUUGCCUGCUGGCCAUAUGGUUGGCGGUACAAUUUGGAGAAUAUCCAAGGUUGGUGAAGAGGAUAUUGUUUAUGCUGUAGAUUUUAAUCAUAAAAAAGAAAGACAUUUGAAUGGCAGCGACUUAGAAAGGCUGGGAAGACCAUCAUUACUAAUAUUGGAUUGUUUUAAUGCUGCUUAUUCUCAACCCAGGCGUAGAUCUCGUGAUGAAGCUUUAAUGACUUGUAUAUUGACAACAUUACGUGUCAAAGGCAAUGUUUUGAUGGCUAUUGAUACAGCAGGACGUGUUUUAGAAUUGAUGCAUAUGCUGGACCAACUGUGGCGUAAUAAAGAAUCUGGUCUUGGUGUGUACUCAUUAGUAUUUUUAACAAAUGUCAGCUACAAUACUGUAGAAUUCGCAAAGUCUCAAAUUGAGUGGAUGAGUGAUAAAUUAAUGAAAAGUUUUGAAGGUGCAAGGAAUAAUCCAUUUUUUUUCAAGCAUGUAAAACUAUGUCAUAACAUGAAUGAUUUAAACAAAGUCUCCGAACCAAAAGUUGUAUUAGCUAGCAACGGAGAUCUUGAAAGUGGAUUUUCAAGAGAAGUUUUUAUUAUGUGGGCUUCAAACCCCAAAAACAGUAUUAUUCUUACAGACAGAACUGCUCCUGGUACAUUAGCUCGCGAUUUAAUUGAUGAAGGUGGUGAUAGAAAUAUUAAACUGAUUGUCAAGAAACGUGUACCUUUAGAUGAAAAUGAGUUGGAAGAAUAUAAUAUAAAACAUGACGAAGAAAAAAUGGAAGCCAGUAAAAUUGACCCAGUAAGUUCUGAUUCUGAAGAUGAACAAGAAGUUAUGAGAGGCAAAUAUGACUUAUUAGUAGAUGCUGAUGCAUUAAGCUCCAAAAAAUCUUCAAAAAAAGAAUUUCCUCCUAUGUUUCCUUAUUAUGAAGAAAAAUGCAAAUUUGACCCAUAUGGGGAAAUUAUAAAACAAGAAGAUUUUAUUAAAUUUGAUGUAGCACCGGGAGACAAACCAACCGUAGACGAACAAAAUAAAAAAAGUGAUGAAGAUGAAGAAGAAGAUUUAUAUGACGUUCCAUCAAAGUGUGUGGAGUAUGAACAAAACAUUUAUGUGGCAGCCAAAAUUGUACACAUUGAUUUUGAAGGUCGCUCAGACGGAGAAUCAAUAAAACAAAUUGUACUUGCAUUAAAACCUAGACGUUUGAUAUUAGUGAGAGGCAACCCAUACAGUACUAAGGUUGUUUACAACUUUGCCAAAGUAUUUAUAGAUGGUAAAGUUUUUACACCUAGAAUUGGACAAUGUUUGAAUGUAACAACGGAAUCUCAUAUAUACCAAGUACGUUUAACAGAUGCACUUCUUUCCAAAAUUAAUUUUAAAAAAGGACCAAAUGGUGAUUUAGCUUACAUGAAUGCCAAAUUAAAAUUAAAUAGUCGUGAUACUGUUAUGGAAGUGGACAAUGUUGUAUCUGAAAAGAUGCCAAGAAUAGAUGAUCAAAUAUUUACACUUGAACCUUUAGCAGAACAUGAAAUUCGUCCUCGCAAGACUGUGUUUAUUAACCGUUUAAAACUAUCAGAUUUUAAACAAAUUUUAUCCAAAAAUAAUAUACCUUGUGAGCUUUCUAAAGGUGUUUUAUGGUGCUGUAAUCGAACUGUAUGUGUUCGUAGAAAUUCUUCUGGAAAGGUUUUGAUGGAAGGAAUAAUUAGCCGUCAAUACUAUUACAUACGUAGUUUAUUAUACAGCCAGUUUAUUAUCAUUUAAUAUAACCAUCAUAUAAAUUUAAUGCUGACAACAUUAUGGUUAUGAUAAAUUAUUUAAAAAAAAUCCAAUAAAUAUAUGAUGCACAUAUUUAUAAUUAUUAUUCUUUCCUAUUUUAUUAAUAUUAAAACGUACUAUAUAAUUAUUUUUAUAAAUAUCAAUGCAUUACAUUUUUAAACGCUAUGUUUAUUUUAUCCAUAAAUGUAUUUUUUUUUUCUAGACCGGUCUUAAUUUUUUGUAUAGUAGUAUAAAAAUAAAUAUACACUAUAAUUGUACUUCAUUUUUUCAUUUAAUAAAACUUAAAUACAUUUAAUAACAA